UGCCCCGAUAGCUUGUAGGUACACUAAUCAACUUGUUGAUCUCAGACAAUGUUUAUUGUUGCACUAAGUGUUUUUAAACUUUUACCUUACAGAUUUUGAAUAUCGUGAUCAUUUGUUGCCGGCAAUACAUUUGAAGAGAGGCAAGAAAUUAUUCGGCUUUGGAUGGCUUGUUUUCAAAGAUAAUGAAAACGUUUAUGUAAUGACCAGUAAUAGUGUUGUCCGUCUUAUUAGAUCCGAUCAAGUUGACAAUGCUCUGGAAAUACGGGUUACCCGUGGUAGAGACAAACCAGCUUAUUACGAUGCAACUGUAACAAAUGAUGACUUUGUUGUAGUUCGUUCUAACGAAGGCAAUGCUUUAGAUUAUGUUGUGCUGAAAUUGAAGACCUCACGUAUUGUUCAGGAGUUGCCUUCUCAAGUUUCGAAGGCGUCUUUUGAACCGGGCCAAAUAGUGCUUGUACCACAUGCUAAUCCUGCGUAUGAUAUGCACAUUUCCGUGCAACCAUAUCCUGAAGAUCUUGUAGAUUGGCUGAAGAGCAGCGGGAGCAGCAAUUCCAGCAAUAUUCCCACACCAAGUUGCGAGCCCAGCAUCAAUUUUGACGACGCAAAAGAUCUCAAACAAAUUAUAAUUGCUAUCUCCCACGUAUAUACUACGCGCGGACUACCUAUAUUCAAAGAUCUUGAUGGUGAAGUUACCGGCAUGUGCAGUAGUAAGACUGUGUUUAUCAAUCGUGGCAAGGAGAAAAAAAUUUUUGGUUCUUUUGCCGUUAGUAUGCCAACAAUUAUCGAUGACAUUCGCCGUAAGAAACCCAGUGAAGCCAAGAAAUGGUUCCCAAACUAUUUUGAUUAAAGCAGUGGGACGUUCAUAGGUGUACUUUUUCAAGUCAUCGUGCUAAGGUGGAAAAAACGUUAUUUCCUGAGCUCUUUAACUGCAUAAAUGUGCUAGUAGCGGCGGAUCGGUCAGAGUAAAAUUUUUGAAAAUUCUAUUUCAAAAUUGGGAAAAUAAGAGAAACCAACUAUUAAAUGUGUCAAGACGAAGAUAUAUUAUUACCCCCCCCCCCCCCCACACACACACCACCUAGCCGCUUCCCACCCAAGAAUAAAACUGUUCCGCCGACACUGAAAUGCGCAUCACCGUAUUUACUCGUUUAAGCGCCGCGAGCGAGAGCAUAAUUAUCAACAGAGCGCCGCCCUCGAAUAAACGACGCAAUUAUUUAUAAAAAUAGGUACGUUUGGCGUACAUCUAUGUGCGAAAAUGUCGCCAAAUUUAUUUUACUGUCUGUUCGCAGGCGUACAUUCAUAAUUAGACGACCUGAGUGUUUAACGCACACACAACUCGAUACCAUAGUAUCUAGCGCUACGCGUAGAUAGAAGAAAACGCAGCGGUUAAUCGAAGCAUCGUCUGAAAAAUUGUUCGCGAUGCCCAACCGCGGAAGGAAAACACCUUUAGUACGAAUUUGAAAUCUUUAAGAGGCCUCGGAACGGUUUUCUUCUCCAUUUUAGUGUUUUUAUAUUAUAGUUUGCUAUUAUUUCUUGUUAUCGGUUGCAAAUCAAUAUUUUAUUUAGUCGGGCAGAUAGGAGGAAAAAACUUAUCGUGGGACAAUUCCAUUUUGCCUUCAUAUUGUGCCCUGAAGGCUAGUUUGUAUGUUUCUGUAUGCUGGCCGCGUUGAAAUUUCUUGUGGGCUCCUGCCGACACGUGUUUCUUCGAAUGUUGUAUAAAACUCUAUUGCAGUUAAAAAAUGUGAAAUUUCAAAUACAUUUCUAACACAAAUGACUUACAUCAUUUGAAAGCUUGCAAAAAACUACAUAUAAGACAUUUCAAUGGUUACCCGGGUUUUUCAAGUUCUUCUUGAGUUAUGAGCUGUUGAAUGCGUGUUUUCAGACUAGUACCCAGGAAUUUUGCGAGAUUUUGGCUUUUUUUCACAUUUGAAACGGCAAUAACUCGAAAACCGCGUGGAAAUCCCAGCUAACCAUUUAAAUUUCUUAAAUGUAGUUUUUUUUUACCUUUCUAUUGAUGCGGGUCGUUUGUAUUAGAAAUAUAUCGGAAAUUUCACAUUUUUUAACUGUAAUAGAGUUUAAUACAAAAUGCGAAGAAAAAUGUGCCGGCAGGAGCCCACAAGAAAUUUUAACGCGGCCAACAUACAGAAACGUACUUAUUAGCCUUGAGGGCACAAUAUGAAGGCAAAAUGGAAUUGUUCCACGAUAUGGUAAGUUUUCCAUAAUUUUGGUCCUCUAUCUGCCUGAGGUAAUUACGUAAUGUCGCUCACAAACGUUGCGCUUCUCAUGUGCCGAACGCAUUAGCAACAAUAGAUAAUGAGGCAUUUCAUGAGAAGCGUGACGUGUUUGAAAUAGGCCUAAGAUAGUCUUUUUCUUGGCCGGCAGUAAUUGACUAAUGGUUGUUGCGGGCACUCUGGCAUUGCUAAUGUAGCUUUCUGUAACGUAACAUAUCACUUUAUUAAUCUUGCAUUGUAAUUUGGAUCGUCCAGGCAAGCUUGUAAAUAAGACAAUAUAUACUAGUGAUUACUCAUCACCAUCAUUACCAUCAUUGUCGUGGACAUUUAUGUAUUCACAGUAGCAUGAAAUUGGCAGAGAGUGACGUAUACUACAUCUGAAACAUAACGAUAUAUAUGUAAAAUAGUAAAGGAAACUUAACAUUUAAUACAGUUAUUAAGUUUUUAAAUAGUUAUAAUAUUUACUUAACAUACCUAUCAAGGCGUUUCAUUAGUUCAAUAAAUUUAUAUAUAUUUUUUUAUUUUCUUGGUUUGACAUUCUUGUUCGGCAUCUUGGGUAGGGGUUCUCUUGAAAUGUUGAAGUAUUGUCUGUAGGGUAUCAGGUAGUGAUAAAGGUUAUAUGGGUUGGACAUGGGAAUAGGCUUAUUCGGGGGUAGUGCUGGGGCAUGUGAUUUUGUCGGGGAGGGGUGGGGGUGUUGAGGUCUCAGGAAGUUUUGGGAAAAUCCGCUUUUGAGGGUUUGGUCAUAGUACGAUCUGUGAUGGUUCCAGAAGAAAUUCUAAAUUCAUGGUGAUUCAUUGAAGUAGCCACGUUUCAAAUUUUUGGCAAAUAACUUU